AUGCCAGCCCUUACAAUGGAGCCAGCCCUGUUGCCUUUGGGAAAACUCGGCAUCGAUCAGCCUAUCGAACACUGGUGGCAAUGGGCCUUCAUUGGGAUUGCAGCCGCUUCGGCUCUCGCGGGCUCGAUAUCUUUUUCACUGAUUCUGGUUGGCUUUUCUCGGACUUGGUCAAAGAGAGACCGAAGACCGAAAUCCGUACCCUCGCGCGUGAAAUCCCUCUUGCAAUUUCACGACAACGAUUCGUCCAAGGAGAUUAUUAGUGAAAAGCCGCGGCUUCCGGCCUCAAGUUUUGGCGUAUAUCUGGGCGCGUUCGCAAGUCCGCCGACCAGGGCGCAAAUUGAAGUCCUGUCAAGAUGGGACAUUUUGGUCGUGGAUCCUACACAAAGUGGGGUGUUGGAGGCAGUCACCGCCGUACGCCCUUCCGCCCAACACAGCCGCCUUGGGCGGAUUCAUCUGCGAGAGCUGCAUGUGCCCAAAGAGCAGCAAGAUGAUCAGGAUAUCAUCGUGGCCGUGGAGAAACUGCGGGAUUUGAUAGACAAGAAGUUCAAGCACUCGAGUCCCCAGCCAUCAGCUUUCACCGGGGUGCUACUUGCUGGGUGGGAGGAGUGGCUCCCGAUGCCGGUUUUUGACACUUUGGUUUGGUAUAUACGCAGCCAUGGCCUGGAUGUAUACCUCGAGAUCGCCCCUCCGGAUUUCUUGAACAAUAGAGACACUCCGGACAUGAGCAAUUUUUCCGGUGUGGUCGUCAGAAACGGGACAAUUCUCAGCUCGGGCCAUGUGCGUGACUUUUUUCAGAUGGCCGUGAUGAAGUCAACCGUGAAGGCGUUCGUCACCCAAACCUGUCUCCGGGACUUCAGAGUCAUGGUCUGGGAGACAGUGGAUGAUCCGUCUUCUCUGUCGCACUCCGUAAUCAAGCGAUGCUAUAUUUGGUGCAGGUACUAUAGCGCAAUGGUGUUCAUCAACUCGAAGGCCGGCCUGCUUGAUGCGAGCAGUGAGGGAAUCCCGGAGCCGCUUGCUGCAUUCCAGUGGCUCAAAGAUCAGCGUGUGAUGAAGAUUCAUAAUCACUGGAGAUCCACCCACAAGCUCGUUCCCUAUCCGUCGGUAGAAGCUUCGCUUGCCAAGCUUGAAAGGAUUGUUCCUAGCUUGACAUACUUGACCCCGGAUCGACAUUUGUUGGGCCAACGCGGAAAUGAUCAAACAAAUGACGAGGAUUCAGCAUGGGAACUUGCGACGCCUUCGACGCAAAAUAUCAAUCCGGCGGACGACGUGGGAGGAAGUCAAUGGUUUCGCAAAAUGCCCAAGGUCAGAGGCAGCCCGCUUUCAUUCUCGCCAUCCGGAGAGUCCUACAAUCUGCUGGGAUGUUUUCCGAUCGGGCUCGAUGCAACGCAGGAGGAUUUCAACCAGAUUGUCCAGACGCAGCGGCAUCUCAAGCGCAUGGGGAAGCUGGACCAGAUGCCACCCUCCAACCUGCGGACGAUGGGCGGAUUCUUCCGAAAACUAUACCAUGAGGGGUUUCAACAUAAUUCGCAACACAUCGAUAACAAUGUCCUGCACUCCAUUAACGACCUCGCUGGGCACCUCUGGGCGGCUUCGGACUCGGAGGAGAUUAUGGAUCCUAUCGAGAUCUAUAUAGGCCUGGACUCUGGCUUUCGGAGACCCAAUGGUGUUCAGUUCUGGGCGGUGUAUGAAGUUGAUUUGGACACAGGCUCGCUCAACCUUUACAUCUCACGAUAUUGUGCUGAUUAUCAAAACACGAUUCUCCAUGCAUACUUGUCCAGCCGGGGGUGUUCGCGGCAUGCUUGUUUCGCUGCCGAGAUCUCAGCAGACAAUGUCGCGGCCGGUCAAACGCGAGAUAAUCUACCAACCCGGAUUGUGAAAGACACCCAACUUUUGACCCCUUCCGAUAUAAUAUUCUUCUUUCAACACAUGAAGUCCAGUGAUCCACAAAUCGGGGAUACUUUGGUGACUCGAAUCCGCUCUUUGCUUGAAGAGCAGAUCCUGGAUGGACCAUCUUUUGGACAACUCCGGGAAUUGGACACUGCUGGAUAUCUAAGCGGCAGGAUUCCGGAACAGAUGAUCAUCGAGUCUCGAGGAUUUUGGUACGAGAAGCACGGCUAUCAGCAUUUCGACUUUGAAGUCGCCCUCCGAGUGUUUAGAGAUGUGGAAGCGAAUUUUGUUGAUAUCCUCUGCUCAGGAAGGAACGAUGACCUGGAAAGAAUCACCGACGUCCUCGAAUCUGCCAUUACUCCAGACGGCUUUGAUGCCUACACAGAUGUUGUUGCGCUUGCAAUUUUCUGUGCUGCUAGAAAGGCAGCUUACAACGAGAUCUACCUCGAGGUUUCGGACCGAAACCCGCUGUUCAACGAAUAUUCUGACCAAGCUGGAGCCUUCUCCGAGCUAUUCGCGCUGGGAUCGCGUUGUGAAGACUAUUUUGAUCUCACUCCAAGUGCUUUUGGAAAACUCCUUUCAGACCGACAUCGAGCCCACUACGGCAAGCCGCACAAUCAGCCUCCUCUUCAAAUCGGCUAUGCAGACGGAUUUUCUUCUUCGUAUGCUGUUGCGCAGAUUGAUAUUGACGAUACAGCCAAGGCCUACCAGAUGCCAGCAUACCAACGCCUCACCUUCUUGAGUGUGUUUGCGGUCCCUGCCUUCAUUGAUAUCAUGCUGUUGACAACAACGGGCCAUGGCCUAUAUCUGAGCUCUUUCAUGUCUCACUAUCAGUCCCAAUCCGCAACUACGGCAUUGAUGAUAUCACUCCCCUUAUCCAGCGCCAUCGGAACUUGGAUCGCUAUCGGCGGAAGCUACUACCUCAACUCCGUGGCGUUCCCAGCGGCCAAUUUGUAUGUGACUACACGCUUUAUUGGAGGUCUUGUCAUCACAUUUGUCAUCGGUAUCCUGGGGUUCAUUAUCAUAUCGGCCGUUAAUGCGCGACUUCAAGAUGGCAUUGUGUUCCUCUUGUACUUCGUCGCCUUGACCACAUAUUUAUCCUUACUGGCCGUGCUAUCAUGUUACCAAUAUCAUGGAUCUCCAUUUCAAAAUGGCCGUACGACAAUAUUCAAGGCCCUUCCUAUUCUUGGAGUCGCUCCUAUAUUGACGAUCUUCGUUCUCAAUCACGAUGCUAUCAUUUACCUCCUAGCUUUGUAUAUAUUCAUUGGGGCACUGGUAUUUGGGGUCCGUAGUGUUGGUUCUAAGUGGGUGACAUGGUACCACAAGGUCACUGCUAUAGAUGACAAGAAGCUGAAGGAGUGGUUCAUCAAAGAGAAGGGAAAUGGAAACCCGAAAACGUUUAGCGGCAUGACUGAUCCGGCUGCGUUGGUCCUGGCACGCGACUCGCUUCUGAAAGAUGUCGAGAAAGAGCGGAAGCGAAAGCCUUGGAUGCCCGCUACAACAGACAAAUUAGUCCUGAAGUUGGCUGAAGGAUGGGAUGCUACAAUAUUUCUACUGCAAUGGUACUGUCGCCUCCAAGGAUCGAAGCAACCAAUCCCAUUUAGUUCGACUUGGAAUGUGCAAGUCAAGGUGGGUCUGGCCAGUUUGAUCGAAGCCCAGCGAGGAAUACGGUUGCACAAUGGCUUUGUGCUAUGGCGUCAAGCUGGAGACGAGGUCGUUUGUGGUGUCCUCUACUUUCUUAUCGCUCUCUUGGACAAGUGGAUAGAGCUUCUGUCAGGUGGUAACCUUUUGGGUCUUUCAGCAGCCGUGGGAGACUCCAUGCGAAAGAGCGUCGGCUUGGGAUUGGCAUACUAUCUCAUGGGAUCUGUUAUCCUGGACUAUAAGGCCUACUCACUGAAUGGACUAAUCGAUGAGCAGAACCCUGAGCCAAUAAGCUCCGCUGGGUACGUUCGAGAGGCUGUCCUCAAGAACGCAAGAAGCCGCCAGAAGCUGUAUAUCACAACGCUUGUAAAGUUCCUGUCUGUCCAUGCUUGGUCACUGGCAUUCUGCACCACCAUUUUGUACAUUUUGGACGGCUCGAAAGAUGGUUUAAUCACGUAUCUCGCAUACGUCGCAGCCUAUUCUGGCCUCUUGCUCUAUCAGUACAAUAAAGUCUUCUCGGGUCCAAGAACAAAGGUUGCUCUGUUGAUUGCAAUCAUGGUUGCCCUACCUCUUGGUCUGGUCUUGAGAGGACUCUACCCAAGGUUUCAGUACAAUACAGUGAUACCUUUAGGAGUGGCCACUUGGAUUGCUGCACUUCUCUCUUUGAGAACCGCGAAAAUCGGCAUGCCGAAACUCCGGGUUCCGGUCGAUCCCGGCGCUGGCGGGAUGUAUCACGCCUAUCUUGGAUUGGGAGAGGACAAACACUGGAGCCAGAAUGAACUGGGGAACAUAUACGCGAACAUUGCAGGGACCAACUUGGUAUCAUCCGCCAGCACCGAAGCGAAUAGUUUGCUCGGCAUCGAGGUCAGGGCCAUCUUGAUGUCCUGCAGCGAGCAAUAUCUGUCGCCACCAGCCGCGCAUGCGUUUCCCGAAUCGUACCGCCUUGUGGGUGAGAUUAGCAAGAAAUGGAACGACGGAACUAUCAAGCUGCAUCUUAUUCAGAUGCAGAAGUACCUGCCUCGAGAGGCCAACUUCAGAGCUCUUACCUGUUUCAAUAGUGAUGGAGGCUUACACAUAGUGGUCAAUCUGCCAGACGAGGGAAAUUCCAAGGGACGACCGUUUGCCAACAAUAAUUAUCAAUUCAUCGCCGAAGUAAUGCUGCACGCAGGCGCCGAGUUUCUGUUGCGUCUGCCCCACGAGAGUGGGGUGCUUGCAGAGUCUCUUCCCGCUUGCCGAACCGCCAAUGCGCAUGAGAAGUACAAAGUUUCUGAGGGCGUGAGGCGAGAAGUUGCCAAGGAUGAAACUUCCGGAAAGCGUGUUCAGGCAAUCAUGACUGCAAAGAGAGAGUUGCUCUAUUACUCUUGCUUUGGUGUUGAUUGCGAGCUCGGCUGGGACAAGCUCCCAGGAGAAAUAAGGAGCGUCCUAUUCCGGAGAUGCCUGGGUGAGCGAUACGAGCUUACACCAACGAAUUCAGCAUGGCUCCAGAGAAACUUGCUGAAAGAUGCCAAAAUCGACCUGCCGACACACAUCGCACAGUGUGACUUCGGGGUGUUGAUGGCUGUCAACAAGCUUAAAUUCUUCAAGACUCUGAGGCAUGACGAAACACUCGAGAAGUUGACUGGCCUCGCGCGAAUCGACAUGCAAUCUCCGAGCAGUGAUGACUAUCACUUCGAGAACGAGCCGACGCCAUCCAAAAAUUACAUAACGCGCUCAAUAGCCAGCAUAUAUCAUGGCGUCGGGAUCUGGCUUAAAUUUUUCAUCGUUUCACUGAUAGCAGAUCCGGAGUUCCACAGAGAGCUCAAGUUCACGCUCGGAAGGAAGUCUCAAUUAUUUGCGACCGUCGUGACUUCUUUUCUAUCAGUAAUUUGGAUGACUGCAAGAAUCGCACAGCAUUGGCUCCUGCCCUGGUUUCUUUUUCACAACCGCGAAAAGGCACAAAAAGUGUGGGACGGAACCAAGGGAACGGUGUACGCCCUCAAGAAAAACCGUUUGAUCAUCAGGAGUCUUGACGAGACAUCGACAUGCUUCUUCCACGUCCGCCCGAUACUGGCUGAUUUCAAGCUCUGCAAGUAUUCUAAACUCCUGGAGAAAGAACCGGAAGGAGCCGUCAAUCUCCAAGGUGUCAGCCACUUCUCCAAAGAGAUGAUUUUGAAAUCCAGAGAGGAGUAUGGCAAGAAUGGUCAGGUGAGCACAUACGUGUACGAAUACGCCAAUAAGAUAACCGGAGGCAUGCUGAGAAAGAACCGAAAUCCUCGAAUCCCACUGUCCAGAACUUGCACUGCAGGGCCGGACGAGUUUCAAACAGUCCAUUACAAUAAGAAAGGAUUCAUUGAAUCAGGGAGUUACGUGUUCAAGGACACCCAGAGCCUGGUGCGCUUCAAGUACCACUAUCGCAAGAAUGCCAAGUUCGACGACGAGCUCCUCAGGGCCGAAUUCGUGUUCCCGCAUGUCACUUGCAAUAUCAACUGGUGUGCUCCGCCAGCUCGCCACGCGGGUAAGAUGGAGAGAUGGAUUCCCCAUUCCCGUGUGACCGAAGCCACAUUCGUCCGCGGAGAGGAUGUGUACGAGAGCACUUGGUUUUAUGACCAUCAGCAUCACCCGACAAUUACGACGCAGCUCAACGGUGUCCGAGUAGAUACCCCGGACAUGAUUCUGGAGGACUGGUUGGGAGUCUUGAAGAAACCAAUCAACUGCAACUUUGCUAUGGACAACCCGCUAUUGGAGUUUCCGUCACUGAAAACUACUUUCUUCAGUCGCUUACUGCGAUCAAACAAGAAGCGAUCUCCUAUAUCCACUUCUCGCGCGCGAUCGCAACUCUGGAGAGCCUGGAAGAAUGACAAGUAUUUCGAUGGUGUUCUCACCCGAUGGCUAGACGAGAGGAUUAUGCGAGAGGAGCCCUUGCUGAAGACAUACUGGCAGCGCAGGGACCGUGGCGCCCUGGCGAAGGCAGAGAAGUACUUGAUCAUGCAUACAGAUGCUAUCAUGGCCAGUUCGGAGCUUUCUAAUGAUAUUAGUUCGUGGACUCCACUGGCUAUCAAGCUUGGUGAUUUACAUGGAUUUGGGCAAGGAGGAGAUGCCUUGAUGUUCACGAGAAGUCAGCACCUUCAGCUCGACACCAAUGACAGCCUUCAUGUCAUGGCCGUGGACACGGGAACAUGGCCCAAUGAGGGAGGCGGCGUGUCUGCAUGUCGUCGCGACGUGAUCAACAAUUUGAGAUCGAUCAAGUGGCACAUGCUCGUCGAGUCUGCGAAUGAUUUUGGUCUGCCAAAACAUCAAAUCGAGGAGAAUGUACAAUCUUUGAAAGUCCUCCCUCUUUGGGGAUUGGACUUCUUGCAUCCAGUGCACGGGGUCUUUCACAACAAGCUAGACAGUGAAGUCAACCCAGUGGCAAAGAAUGCCAAAUUCGAAGAUAUUGAGAAGGCUUUCAUUCCAGCUCUGACCGCACUCGUCAAAGCCGCCCGUGCCGUCACCCUUUCUCCGAGCGACGUUCACCAAGCCUCGAGGGCAUUGGUAGACCUCAAUAGUUACUUCGAGGGUCCUCGCCACUGGGCUUCCGUCUGGACAAGCGACGCCGUCAAGAAUGCCUGGAGAAAUCUCUGGCUAUCCGAGACCAUGCCCAAUACGACUCCCCCUUCUGAGUGGUUUGAGACCGAACACCCUACCCUGGGGCACUUGGAUGCGGCCAUGGACUUGUGGUUCAGAUACCUCUUUGUCCUCUCGAUUCCUGUGCCAGAAGAAAUCCCCAACGUCUUCCAAGCCUCGCAUCACAGUGUCUCGGCGGCUUACGGCGUCGUAUGUAAGAUGAAGCGAGGCUGUACACUACAGAUUUGGGACCACGCCAUCAGUUGGCGCGAGACGAACCUCUACCUGUCCUCAGCACUGUGUAUCCUCCAGCCUUUCGUCCGGAACUCUCUGCUCGGUCUCAUGAGAGUUACGGCUGUACUGGUCCUCAACCACGCUGAUCAAAUUCUUCCCUGUGCCGACUUCUUUAAUAUCGGCUGGGAAAUCGAAGUCGGAUCCCACUAUGGGCAUGUCCAGCACCGAAAAAGGUUUGCUCGCAAGAUUGAUCCGGUAGUCAACGGCAUCCCGGAUAUGAAGAAAUUCUCCCCCGUCACGGAAAUUACGACAGAGAAGCCAACAGUCACUAUGUUAUCUCACGUCUGGUUUGCAAAGGAUAUCAAGACGGCCAUUCUGGCUGCCAAUGUCAUUGUCAACGAGUGGGGUUUCAAAGAUUACCGAUUGCAUAUCUAUGGUGCACUGGACAAAUCACCAGUCUACUCCGCGGAAUGUCAAGAGAUUCUGGCUUCGAAGUCUCUUGGCGAGAAUCUCACCAUGAUGGGCACUGCGGAUCCCAAGACCGUUCUGGCAACCUCGUGGCUGUUCUUGAAUUCCUCCGUCUCUGAAGGUCUUCCUCUGGCUUUGGGAGAAGCUGCUCUUACCGGCGUCCCAGUCGUCUGUACUGACGUAGGAGCCUCGUUACGGGUUCUUACAGAUAAAGACGACGGCUCAAGAUACAGCGAAGUCGUCGCCCCCAACGAUGCCGCAUCGCUCGCCCGAGCACAAAUUAACAUUCUAGCGAUGAUAGGCGAGUGGGCCAAAUACGCAGAAGACGCACCAGGCGAGAAGGCCCCUAUAUUACCUUUCAAGCCUGGGCCAGAAGACGUUGCCAUCAUCACGGCACGUAUGUACGCGAAACAGGCGCAGCGACGGAAACUCGGUCUCAUGGCCAGAAACAUCGUCCAAAAAGCCUUCAGCGGUGAGCGCUACCUCCGAGAGCACGAGCAGAUGCUCUGGAUUGGAAAGUGCACCUCUUUGCAGAAGAAGGGCGAGGAUAUGGAGGACUUUAGCUCGGGCCAGAACGACAUCUACGCACCAGCCACGUCUCUGGUCGCCCCGGCAGCGAUGUGGUCACGCACGCGGCCCUCGUCUGGCCGCACGUCGUUCACAAGCGUCGACGACGAUGCAAACUCGAUCCGGGAAUCCGUAUGGGGGAAUUCGCCGGCGUGGAAUGCGGCAGGGGUGCCAGCAACCCCGCCGGUAGUUCUUACCCCCGGUAGAAUGAGCCCGGCGGGCUCGCAGGAGCACUUGCCGCUGUGGCCGAGUCACCCGGCCGGUGGUAGGAGGAGUAUGAGUCGGGAGAGGACUCAGAGACCCUGGGCCCAGCAGCAUUACUCGAGGUCGAAUCUUUCCGUCGUAUCUAGUUUCGUGUGA